CGACUGCCCAAGUUGUAUGUUGCGGCGAAUUGCAGUGUAACGAUUGCAAUUUGCAUACGGUCGGAUUCGGUGUCACUGAUUAACAGAUACAUUAUAAUAAAUAAAUAGUAUAUUUGAGCAUAUCUUCAUUUUAUAAAGUAUAAUUUAUUAUACCAAAGCAUGGAGAUUGAGAUUUUAAGCAACGUCGGUUCGAAGCCGCUGGGGAAGAUUCAAGUGCCCGCAGAUGCCACCAUCAAAGUUGUGAAAGAUAAAAUUCAUCAGUCGGUGAAGAAGUCGUUAUAUCCCAGCCGCCAAGCCAUAACUCUUGAAGCCAAAGGCAAAUCGCUGAAGGAAGAACAAUCACUUAAAGAAUUAAAUAUUCAAAAUGGUGCCAAGCUUUAUGUCAGAGAUCUGGGUCCACAAAUCUCAUGGAAGGGGGUAUUCUUGGCAGAAUACGCAGGCCCAUUCUUCGUGUACCUUUGGGUUUACCAGAGGCCCUGGAUUCUCUAUGGAACUCCUUCAGAAGGUCCCUCUACUGUUGCCAGCGUGGCUGCCAUAUGCUGGUCAAUCCAUUAUGCCAAAAGAUUGCUGGAAACCCUAUUUGUGCACCGUUUCUCCCACGGCACCAUGCCACUGAGGAACUUGUUCAAGAACUGCUCCUACUACUGGCUGUUCACCCUGUAUGUGGCAUACCAUAUCAACCACCCCCUGUAUACACCACCCUGCACUAACUGUUUCUACAUAGGGCUUGCUGGUUUUGCUUUCUGCGAGCUAGGCAACUUGAGCAUCCACAUAUUAUUGAAGAACCUUCGUCCGCCGGGCACCAAAGUGAGACGCAUCCCUGUACCUGAUGGCAACCCCUUCUCUGCGCUCUUCAACUACGUGUCCUGCCCGAACUACACGUACGAAGUCGGCUCCUGGGUGUUCUUUACCAUCAUGACUCAGUGUGCACCCGCUGGCUUGUUCGCCGCGGUCGGCUUCUACCAAAUGGCGGUGUGGGCGCUUGGCAAGCACCGCAACUACAAGAAGGAGUUCCCCGACUACCCCAAGAGCCGUAAAGCAAUCAUUCCGUUCAUUCUAUAAACUUAGCCAAUUACAUUUAUCGACGUCUUACGUCGACGUCUGAUGUUUUCCAAGUAGUAUUGUAAAAGUUUGAGAACUAUCGCACAUGGCGUACUUUUCCAGCGAUAAAGCUAGCGUUAGACCAAGAAAAGUCUGCAACGAUUUUGAUAGCACACGCAGUGCAAGUGUUUCUACGUCAUAAUUUCAUAGAACCAAUCACCUCUAAAACCAGGAAGUUGGAUGUAAAAAUAGUUAGUUUUUGGUUUGGGUAGCCUACGCUACUAGAUCGAAGCUAAACGUGCGCUUACAGGGUGACGAUGGAAAAACAACAGUACGAGAAGAGAGUCAUUUGAAGUCAUUUCAUUACGUACCUUUUAACGGCCAGUUAACGGUCGCCUCAAGACUGGAAGUUAAUGUCAAACGCCUUACAUUUUACACAAAGCGGAAAGUUAAACGUGACAUAAGCACGACUUGAGUCGGGAAUUAAAAUACCCGUCGCCAAUUUCUGAUGCUCGAAAGCGACCAUGUGCGAUACCUUUUUAAUAAUAUUGAAAUUCUUCGCGUAUGCAUUGCAUUACGGCGGUGUUGGAUAUCGAAGGUGAUGGUUUUAUUAUUUAUUUUAUGCUAAUGAGUAAUGACUGAAUGUUGAUAAGAAAUAAUUUGCAAUACGUGUGUAAUAUGUUUUAACGUUUAAUUAUUUUUAAGCUCAAAAACGUUUAAUUAUUCUAGUGAUAGCACUCAAUAUUUCUGGUGGAAAUAUAAAGACAUUUUCGGUAAA